ACAAUAAAAAAAAAGCGUAAAUAUACUGUGAUUAACUGAAAACAAUACCAAAUUAAAUUAUAAAUCCAUGCCAAGGAGAUCGAGCUCUCGGCCUCGAUAAUUUUUUAUUUUCCUUCCCAACUGAGGAUAUUUAUUUCCAUUGCCCGUCAUUUUGCCCCCUUCUUCUGGGCGGGGCGGCGAGGGUUUGGUGGCAAAGAAGAGAUGGAGGACUUAGGGUUUUCCAUUUUCCUUGGAUCAGAGGCCGAUUUGACCCUAAAUCUGUGAAAACCCCAGCGCGUCGUCCCCUUCGUGGCUCAGUCUAUUGAUCCAUUUCGAGUGGGAAAUGGAGAAGAUCUAGCGGAGAUGUAAUGCUGAUACGUUUUUCCAAAAAUUUCUUUUUCUGCAUGGAAUUUACCUUAUUUUUUGGAAAUUUUGGAAAUUGUAUGUAAUUUUUUUUCUUGUCAUUUAAGGCGUCUUUUCGGAGCUGCAGGAGUGAUUUAAAGGGGGGUUUGUUUCGGUGUGUAGUAUAAUUUUAGUCGGUGCUGUGGAGAGGAAAGACUUAGUGGAAGUCCGACGAAAAGAAGUGUAGAAUAGGUAUUUGGGGUUUUGAAGAAUGGAUGAUAGAGAUUCUCCGAGACUGGACUCGUCCCCACCUCCGAGCAUAAUGGUGGAUAGCAAUUCCUAUGUAGCUGGAGCACCAAAUAAUUCUAUGGUAGUUCCAAAUUCAGCAGGAAUGAUGCACGGAAUGCGGUUAUCCUUCAAUCCUAUGACUUCUUCUGUAUCGAAACUUGCGGAUUCACCUGGCUCUUUGUAUCAUGGUGAUGGUAUGUCUGGCGUUAGACCAAGUGGUGUACUUAACAUGGGUGAGUUGAUGAAGAAGAAGAGAGGAAGGCCAAGAAAAUAUGGACCUGAUGGUGGCAUGGCUUUGGCUUUAAUUCCUGGACCUUGUGCUUCGGGUUAUUCUAAUAGUCCAAUGUCAGAGCCAGCAAUUAAACGGCGAGGCCGCCCUCCAGGAUCGGGAAAGAAGCAACAACUUGAUGCCUUGGGAUCUUCAGGGAUUGCUUUUACUCCACAUGUUAUUACUGUUAAAGCUGGAGAGCAGGAUGUGGCUUCAAAAAUCAUGGCAUUCUCACAACAAGGUCCUCGAACAGUCUGUAUACUUUCAGCAAAUGGUGCCAUCUGUAAUGUCACGCUUCGUCAGCCAGCAACCUCUGGUGGAACAGUGACAUAUGAGGGCCGCUUUGAGAUCAUCUCUCUCUCAGGUUCGUUUCUUCUCACAGAGGAUGGUGGCACUCGUAGCAGAACUGGUGGGUUGAGUGUGGCAUUAGCAGGUUCUGAUGGCCGUGUCCUUGGGGGUGGUGUGGCUGGAAUGUUGAUGGCAGCUACACCUGUGCAGGUUGUCAUGGGCAGCUUCAUUGCGGAAGGGAAAAAACCAAAGCCGGAGCCUUUGAAACGUGAACCCUCAUCAGCCCCACCUCAAAUGGCAGGCUUUGGGCCUUCUUUGGCAGCAAGCCCACUUUCUGAAGGGACAUCGAGUGAAUCGUCUGAUGACCCGGGCAGCCCCAUAGACCGGAAUGGUGGCUACAACAAUUCCAGCCAGCACAUUCAGUCUGCAUAUGCAUCCGUUGGUUGGCCGCACUCUGCAAAUCAGAACAGGCAUGAUUCUGACAUGAAAAUGAUGCUUAACUAACAAACUUCAGUUUGGAAGUCUUUCUUGCUUGAAGGAAGAUAGUCUCGGGAGUUGGAUCAGUGUAUUUCUUAGUAGCCUUCGGAAGUUGCUUCCUUCAGAGAGCAGUUUAGGAAACAGACCUUUUCCUGUUCUCUAACUUUAUGCCGCUGCUGUUGGCAACUUUUUAAUAGAAAUUUUCUGUUGAAAGCUGAAAUCAUGGCUAUCAUUGUAGUUCAAAAAUAUUUGCUUGUUUUUACUUCCGCAAUAUUUAUGGAUGUAGCAUUUGGUGACCAAGUACCUUGUGACAAUUCAAUUUAUCUUAAGCACUUUUUCCAUCUCUUGGGCGA